GUAACCCCGCCAGAUGAUCCGCUGUCAAUUGCAGCAAUCUUUGCAAUAGUUUUCAGUCUAAUGUUAAUCAUAUUUCUGGCUCUAGUAAUUGGUAUUUGCUGUUAUAGAAGUUAUAUUAAAAAGCACACAAAGAAAAUCAUUAUCAUUCCAAAAACACUUCCUAGAGGAGCCCAUACUGUGUUUACUUUGUCAGACACCAAUACCAUGGUAAACAAGGAAAUAAUAACAGAGCCUAAACUUGUAGUAAAACCAAUCAGGAAUGGGCAACCACAGAGCAUGGAACUACAACAAUGGAAACAAAACUCUGAGUUUCAAGAACCAGAAGGACAGCUUAAAUUAGUAACAAAACCGCAACCACCCAUAGCGACAAUAGACACAAUGAAAAGUCGAGUUGCUACCCAGAUGCGUGAAGACAGUGAACGUAAACGCAACCAGGCGCUCGUUAUCGACAGAGUGAAAACUAACUUAGAAAGGGAGUUGCGUGUUAUAGCAGUGUUAAAGGCUAAGGAUGCUGCGAAUAAAGAUGCAUAUAAUAGAGAAGCAGCAGCCAGUAAAAUGAGUCAGGCAGCAUCAAUUUUUCCACCUAAAAGUAGAAUGAGUCAAUAUGUUCAUGACCCUCAAGCAAAAAGUCGAACAAUGAGCAUGCGCAAAAAUAAAAUCACAAAUGGAACAAUUAAAACAGCAGCUCAUGACAAUAGUUUUAACAAUUCUUUUAGUUAUGAUCCUAGAACUUCAACACCGUUAUCGAUUCAGAGACCUUCUAGUAUUGAUAUGGUUAUGUCUGAAGCAAAUUUAUCAGUGUUUUCAGUUGAUUUGAAACACAGAUCUUCUAAGACCCCUAGACCUCAACCAGAUAUAACGGUGACUAAAAGAAUUAGGGAUACAAAAAAAUUCCCAACCAUUAAAGAACUAAGUAAUAUGCCAGGAGAAUUUCAAAACUUUGAACGGUGAAUUGUAUUUAAUAGAAUUAUAAGAAACAAUAGU